UUCCUUGCAGCCAGAAUAAAAGCUCUCACGUCCAUAUCCACUCUACCAUGCUCACAAUUUUAUUGCCACUAUCUGACCAAUGCCGCUUCCUUUGUCUUGUUCCCUAUGCAUUUGUUGAAUUCUACUAUUUUUCUUUUGUUGCGUUGGUCAGAGGACACAAUCAGUAAAUUAUGACAAUUUUUCUUUUCCUUUUUUUAUUUUUCUCUAUCAACUUAAGUGACUGCUCUGGACUCUUCUUCCUAGUGUUUAAAUCCAGUAUCAUUCAUUCCACUCCAACAUAUCCAAUUUACUCAAACACAAUAAUGGCUCUACAGGAAGAAGGGUGGCCUUUGGGUUUGAGAUUAUUGAAUGCAAGAAUUGGGUUAGUAAGAAAUGGUGAUUUCUCUGGAUCAGUCUCCUUCAGCACUAUGCUCACUGCUUCUCCCACCCCUUCAACUGAUUCUUCCUCAGAUCUUGACACACAGUCCACUGGAUCAUUCUUCCAAGAGAAGAGCAACACACUUGGCAGCCUCUUUGGUAUUUCUAGCUUCCUAGAACUCUCAAGGAGAUCAACCAGAGGAAGAAUAGUUGAACCCUCAAAGGACAACAAAAAGACUCACAAGCUGAGUCCUUCUUGGUUCUUCUCACUUUGUUCAAAGCUAACUACUGAUGCAGUGAUCGUGAAUGAUGCUCCCUCUCUUGGUCACUAUCUCGUGGCUGAGAGAAGAGCUCACAGAAGGAAUCUCAAUAAUCAGUGUUCAACCAUUUAUGGACCUAAUGAUUUCUUCACAAAAGAGCCAAAUAAAGCAUUGGAUUUGGACCAAAGCAAUGGAUAUGAAGCACCAAUAGUUCUAUGUUGUUUGUGUAGAUUAAACGAUAAAUGAUGACACACUUUGUCACUCAUUUCCUUUGUAUUUUCCAAGGAUCCUGAAUUUCUUUAAUGGAUUACAUAUGUUUUCA